AAGACAUGCCAGACGACUACCGUAUUUUUAUGUUCAGUGCGACCGGUGACCAUUCGCACUUCGGAACCGAUGUAAGCAAAAAGCGUUGAGCAAAGAGUUUCAAAGUAAAACUGUACACUAAAACCGUAUAUUAAAAUGUUAGCGUCUGUGAAACAGCCAUCAACUUGGGAUACAUCUAAAUCUUAUAUUACAUAUCAGUACCAUUUGGUACCGGUUUCCAGUUUUACUUCAGAGUUUGAUGCAGUUGCAAGUUACUUUACCGAACCCAAAACUCAAAUAAAAACUGUUGAAAGAGUACAAAAUCCAUAUCAAUACGGCAAAUUUAUUUUAUUUCAACUUCAGAAAGGUGGAGUACAAGAGAAGACAUUGUUUAUGCCUGUAAGUCAGGAAAAACUCACCACUGCAUUAAAGCACAAUUGCGAUUUUCGUCGCCUGAAGCACCGGUGCGAUAUGUUUUACGAAUCGCCUCAGGAUUUGCCAUCUGACAGCACGAUAAUCAUAAUUCUUAAAACACUAAGUGGGUAUUCUUGUUACGAUGCUGGGCGGUACCCCCAGUAUAUUGUGACAUUAAACACCGAUCACAUUGAGAUCCAGUAAUAGAUAAUUGGGAUCUAUUAUUGUCAGAGAACUCACAUUGAAUAUCAGCAAAGACUUGUGGAAAAUCAUCAAUACUAUUGAUUAUAUUUAUCAUGUUACACUUUUGUACUGUCUUGCAUUUAAUUAAACUUAUGUUGGUUUACAACAUAUAUGUAUUACUACAUAUUUUUAGAAACGCAAACAACACAUCUCACAGUAGCUUCUACCAAAUUUGUUCAAAGUCUAAUUACUUCUUCCAAGUUUAUCAUUUCGUUUUUCCAGUCAACUUCUUAUCUCGAUAUCAAUUUAUGUGGGCAAUGUUUUUGAGAGUGAAUAAUUUGAUUUCUAAUUGUUGGGAGGUAUGAUGUUUUUAUUUUGUGUUAUGGAUCAUCGAACAAUACAAUUAAUGAAGUACUUUUUACGCUGCAUAGGUAUAGUAAGUUUCAGUAAAAUGUGCAAAUUCGAUUAUGUUGAUAUAAAAACUUAACAAGAUUUUGACACAUGGUCUGUGUACUUGAUAAUUUUCUCAGUUUGAUUUCAGUGGUAAAUAUAGUCUGCUUUUUGAAAGGUAUUGUGCGUAAAAAACUUGUUUCCUAUUGAAUUGUGAUAUCCUUUAGCAAUUAUAUUGUGUACUAAUUAUAAGUUAUUACAUAAUUAUAUGGACUUUAAUGCGUGUGAUCUACUAAAGCCCUUAGCUUCACGAUUACCUGUAAUGCAAUAUGGUCGCUUUUCUCUCCGUAAGUCCUUAAUAGUAAUAUGCACUUUUAAAAUUGACUCAGUAUGAAAACAUUUUUACAACAUAACAACUUGUUCUUUUCAUUUUAUUUUUUUCAAAAUUUACUUGAGAUAAUAAAAUCAGUCCUCCAUGCCAAGCUCUUUUGCAGAUUCAGUAUUAUAAUUGGCAAAAUAUUAUGUCCACAUCUUUAAUUGAUCAAUUCAAAGCUUAUUCAAGUAUUAUCAUUGAAUUUGGUAGCUUCUCCAAAUAUUUAAUAGUUCAUAUAAAAAUGAAUUCCAAGACUUUAUUUCUCAAAAAAAUAAGAUACCUUAGAAAUUGAAAAAACUUUUCCAAUUUGCCAUGUUCAACUCUGUUAUCAAUACGUCAUUUGUGAACAAUGAUCCACAAUCAGCUUUAUUUCCAAAGAAUUAUUGAAAAAAUAAUAGACUACGAGAAAAGUUUUAUUAUAAUGUUAACUAGUAUUCUCAAGUACAUCGAUUCUGGUGCAAGACAAUUAUUUAGUAAUAAGGUACGAUUGAUACUUUGUACGUGUUUUGUAUUAUUAUGUCUAGAUUAAAAAUUUUCCAAAAUUUCCUAAUA